GGGCGGAGGAGUGCGCAUGCGCUUGGGAGGGGAAGCGACGAGCGGCGGGGCGGGGGCUGUCGCCGUCGCCGUCGCCGCCGCUGCCGCCGCUGUCAGUUCCGGCUGCAGGUCGAGGAGCCGAUCCGGCCUCGGCGCCGCCUGAGGAGACUCGGCCUUCGCGCCACGACGGGAGCGGCCGCUCCCCCGGAGCUCCCCCUCCCCCGCCAGCGGCCAUGGCCCGGGACUACGACCACCUCUUCAAACUCCUCAUCAUCGGCGACAGCGGUGUCGGCAAGAGCAGUUUGCUGCUACGCUUUGCAGACAACACUUUCUCAGGCAGUUACAUUACCACCAUUGGAGUCGACUUCAAAAUUCGGACUGUUGAAAUCAACGGGGAAAAAGUCAAACUACAGAUCUGGGACACUGCGGGACAGGAGCGCUUCCGGACGAUCACAUCGACGUAUUACCGAGGGACCCACGGGGUCAUUGUGGUUUACGACGUCACCAGCGCAGAGUCUUUCGUGAACGUCAAGCGGUGGUUGCAUGAAAUAAAUCAGAAUUGCGACGAUGUGUGCCGAAUAUUAGUUGGCAAUAAGAACGAUGAUCCAGAACGGAAAGUGGUAGAGACGGAAGACGCCUAUAAAUUUGCUGGGCAGAUGGGCAUCCAGCUGUUUGAGACCAGUGCCAAAGAGAACAUUAAUGUGGAAGAGAUGUUCAAUUGCAUCACAGAGUUGGUUCUUCGGGCCAAGAAAGACAACCUCGCCAAGCAACAGCAGCAGCAACAGAACGACGUGGUGAAACUCACAAAGAACAGUAAACGGAAGAAGCGUUGCUGUUAAUGGCCUUCCUCCUCCCUCCUCCUCCUCCUCCGGGGGCGGCAGAGACUGGGCGCUCGGGCAGCCCCGCCCUCGCAGCCUGGCGCAAGCGAUGCCCCAGGACUCUUUCCCCCCACCCCCUCUCCCCGCGUGCCGUUAUUUAAAGGAGCUCCCGCCGUCGUCUCGAUCAGGAGGCACCUUACCUUGACCGUGCCAAGAACAGGAUGGGACGGACGAAGGUUCUGUCCAUCCUAAAAGUUUAUUUUUCUUCCCACUCACCCACCCCGUCCUCUUGAAGAGCAUCUUAGUAGACAAGGAUGACUUGACCUACCGAGGGGACUUCAGCGUUUGUACAUAAUGUAUAUGGGCUUUGAACCCAGCUGCACCUCCGCUUCGGGCUUCUGCCUUCUCUGAUUCCGCCAAUCAUGAAUUGUUCAGAACUCUCUCUUUUUUGUGUGUGUGUGUGUGUGUUUGGUUUUGUUUACUUGCUCUUUUUUUCCCCCUCCUCUCUCCAAAAAACACAAUCCAAUAAUAACCUUAAAAAAGGCGGCUCUCGUUGACGGCCGUUAUUCUUCAUUAGCUUUUCAGCGAGACGUGGAUCCCUCCCAAACUCUUAAAGUCGUUGGACGUUCCCGGAGUGGUUUUGUGUUCUCUGUCCUUCAAAUUCCCUCCUUUCAAGAGAAGGAUAAAGAUCCCGCGUUUGUCAAAGGCAAUUUAAACCUCCGUGGCAGAGAAAAAAUUAGGAUUAAAACUUUUAUUGCCCUCCUGGUAGCAUCCCUGUCCAUGUAAGACUUCAAGAACGGAAAAUCUUUCUUUUUUUAAAAAAUAAUAAUAAUAAUAAGUGUAUCAUUCUGGACCAAGUAUGAAGGGCGAAGAGAGAAAUGUGCUCCUGACGGGAUCAAUUCUUCGUGGUUCUCUUCUUCCUUUCGCCCUCCCCCUUAAUUUUUGUUUUUCCUUCAGAAGCUGAGAGAAUUUGGGAAAGGAUGGCUGGAUGGUUUUUGUCCGUUCUCGAUUCGAACAAAACCUGCCUCUGGGUUCCGAUGCUAGCUGCUGAAGAGCGAAUAGUUCUUUUAAGAAUUAGGUUAAAACAAGGUCAUACGAGCUUCACCCAGCAUAUAAUCACCAGCUUUUGAUUCGAUAUCCCACAGAGCAUAUCACGGAGGCAAAAAGCCACCCAAUCCUCAAAUCACUGGGAUCUCCCACACACCCCGUUGUCCUGGCAUCCAGUGAUGACCAGGGUCAUGUUAAAGAGAUCCUUGGACUUCAAAUCUUGCCGGAAGGGCUCAGCAGAAACCCUGUAUUUAUUGUCCGGCUGCUCUUUCGGAUGGGAAGCAGGUACGGCCACCCCAACUCAAAAGCAAAAGAAGUGAGGAGUUUCCCCUUAAGCCGAAGGGAGUCCUCUUCCACUUCAGCAAGCCGUGUUCCACCGUGGACUUGUAAGGUGCUUCCGAUCUUCUCGGAGGCAGCUCGGGCCCC